AUGAGGAGUUUAUUGGUAGCGGCUACGCUCACUGCCGUGGCUUCGGGGGCUAGCCCGGCGCUCGGCUUUCUUGCGUCGGGCAACGGUGCGGUCCGGUCGACGAACAAGGCCUUACAGCUGCAAGCCUCCCCGGGUGACCCACUAUCGUCUAGGCCUACAAGGGUUCCUCCCAGGUUCAGCCGCGGCAACACACGCGGCGCGCCCAGCAGCAACAACAACGUCGGUCGGUCGGAAUUUGACAGCAGCAGCAGCACCAGCGGGGGACUGGGUGGUGCUUGGAGAACAGGGGGAACAUCAUCGCCAUCACCGGCAUCUCCAGGGAUUCACGCCGCCAUAAGCGAUACCGUGGUCGACGACUUCGGCGGCAGUGAGAAGGUGCCCCUCCAGGAGCGGCUGCAAGCAGCCCCGACUUUUCUACGGGACAAGGCCGUCGACCUGCGAGAGGAUGCUCGUGACCGCGUGCAAGACAUUCGGGAGGGUCUAGCGACGGUGACGAGCUCCAUCAACUCGGACUACGUCGCGCCCUUGGCCCACCUGGCCCGCAACCCUUCCACCAUCCACUACACCGUGGCCAUGUCGGCACGCCUCUGGUACUUCAUGGCGCAGCAGUCUCUCAUCUCGAGCACGGUCGGCGGGAAGAUGUCCGUUGAUCCCGUCGCGCUGUCUCGCGCGAUACUCGCUGCGCUGGCGGGCGGGCGGGAAGAGCCCAUCCUGGAGGCCAUGCGCAUCAUCCCCGAUGAGAAGAUCACGUCCACGGAGAGCUAUGCUUGGUGGUCGCGAAACCUCAAAGGCAUUGUUGCCGUCAUGAAACGCGAAGCCACAUCCAUCGAGAGUGGCGAGUACAAGCUACCGUACGACAUGAGGAUCAUCGAGGCGAUGGGGCUGCUGAGGUACAACCCGGCGAAAAUGCUGGUGGCAUUCUCCACCUACUACAGGGAUGAGCUCCAGCGGAAGAAGGCGAGCGCGAAAGCGGAAGACGAUUUUCCCUCCCCGACCUUCUCCGCGCCCGGGCGCUACCCGGAGUACUUCCUGGCGAAGGAAGACCUCCUGUCGACCAAAGGCUCGCAAACAAUGGACUACAACAUGGAGUCCAAGAUGUGGGGCAUGGGCGAUGCCAUGCGCCGGCGAUCGAUCCUGCGCAUCGGGCGUGCGUUAGCCGACAAGGACCCUGAGACCGCAUCCCUCCUCGACGUAGGCUGCGGCACCGGCAGGUUCCUGACCUUCGUCAAGAACAACUUCGAGACGCUGAAGGUCACCGCGCUGGACCUCUCCCUCUUCAACCUAAGGAUGGCUAAGCAAAAUCUUAACGGGGUCGAAGGCGUGACUUACGUCGAGUCUAACGCGGAACACAUGGCUAUCGAGAACGAGUCCCAGGACGUGGUCACCUGCAACUUCGUCCUGUCCACCAUCCCCAAAGAAGCCGAGACAAACGUUAUCAAUGAGAUCGCACGCACGCUCAAGCCCGGCGGCAAGGCCAUCGUGGUCGACGCCACUCAGCCCGAGUUCGACGGCGCGGGGGUGUGCACCCUCGACAGGCUGCCAUCAUGGGGACAGAUGACCCCGACCUACCGAGCGUACCUCAAGUCCGACUUGGAGUACAGCCUCAUUAAAGCCGGGCUCUUCGUGCAAGACAAGGAGAUCAACUGGGUGUCCAAGGUUAUCGUUGCUCAGAAGCCCCCUCGGCUCAGCGCGCCUUCCACGCACGGAAGGCUCAUGGGCGUCGGCUCAUGAGCUGGAGUACUUCCUUCCACUAAUACCGCAGCUCCAGCACACCACCCCACAAAUCUAUCACAGCGCCCGCUUCCACCGGGACAGCCUGACGUAGAUAUCGCUUACGUGAGCAACAAAGGUAGUGCCAACGCCUUCAGUGGACAGGGUCGGGAUAGGGAGCGGGGGAAAGCCCUGUACAAGUAGGUGUUGCGGACAGUGAUGCCAGGUAACCCCCCCCUUGUGACGAUCAUUCGUUUGUGCGUACCUUUUUCCGUUUAAUGGGAGGGGGUAACCUCUAGUAACACAGCAGAGGCAUAUGGUUGGUUCGACGUGGGGAGUGCGAUUUUCGGUGGGGCUACAAGACGCCAAAUACGGCUCGGUGUAUUUCCAGGUCUGGGAAAGAAGAUCACAGCAUUGGUUAGGGAGAGCGUUUUUCGCACUAGAGAGGACGUGCGCCGCAUAACGAGAAAUCAGUAGCGUGGCGUAAGCCAACGAGAUUGGAUGGUGGCAAGAUUGUGUUGUUGACCCAUGCUGUUGGGCAAAAUGCGCACCAUACAUUCGUUUGUGUAGGGAGCACCGAACUCGGAUGAUGAGGUUGACACACCGAACUCGGAUGAUGAGGUUGACACCAUCAAACGUGUAUGCAAAGUACUCCAUAGAUCAAGUAGAGAUGUAAUGUUCGUUUGAGGUCGACUUCGGGUGCACGUCUGACGCACACGGGCAGUUUUUCUUGUAAGAUGAGAGCAACGGAGAGCUGGAAAACUUGUUUCUUCUCAGCGAAGCGAAUUGAAUUUGUACCGUGAACACAAAAGACGUGCUUGGUUGAAUCUCUACAGAACUGCGU